GGUUCAACUUACCCCUAACUUAAGGCACUGAAGUUAAGUUUUAAGCAUAACAUUGUUUUAAAUAUAGUAUUACACAACUGUUAACCAUAUAUUACACAUUGCAUAAAAGCUAUCAUGCCAAGAACCUACAAAAGAAGAACCAACUGGGGCUCAACACCCUUAGAAGAGAUGGAGAGAGCAGCCAUUCUCAAAACACCAAAAUCCAUCAGCUCAGUGGCGAAGGACAGAAAUAUUGACAGGUCAACACUGCGGAGAUACAUAAAAAAGAAGGAGGUAAAGAAAGUCAAAACAGUAGGGUACAGUGGAACAGCAGAAGCCAAGAGGGUUUUCACAGAAGAGGUGGAAAAGGAGCUUGCCGAUCACAUCAAAAAGUUGGCUGAGCAGUUCCAUGGCCUCACUCCAAAGAAAUGCUGUGAAGUGGCAUUCCAGUUUGCACAGAAAAACAACAUCCCUGUCCCCAACAACUGGAAAGAGAAGGGUCUAGCGGGUCGAGAUUGGUUCAAGAACUUUAUGGCACGCCACCAUCUCUCCUGUCGUAUGCCUGAAGCAUCUUUGGGAAGAGCUACAGCCUUCAACAAAACAGUCGGGGAGUUCUUUGACAAUCUGACCAAAGUGAUGGACAGGUUUAAAUUCCCUCCAAACAUCACCUCCUCUGGAUAUGUGUCUCCCACUGAAAUUCUACCCUUACCCAAAAGUAAGCAGCCUAGGGCACAGACAAAGAGAAAGCGGGUGAAGACAAGGAUCCUGACUGAUACACCUGAAAAGCAGGCAAUAGAAAUGGAAAAUGAAAAGAGAAAAAACAAACUGAAAGGGAAACAAGUAACCAACAUGAAAGAACAAGGAAAGUCCAAGAAGAAACAAACCAAGAAGAAAACUCCAGUGUACAGCAGCUCUGAGGAGAGUGAUGUUCCCAUCCCACUUGAUGACACUUCUGAGUGUGAGAGCUCCCUGGAUGAGAGUAGUGAACCAGACAUCUCAGAUCUGUCAGUUGGUGACUUUAUCAUUGUGAAUUUUGCGACCAAAUGCAACAGCUACCAUUAUAUUGGCUUGGUUGAGAGCCUUGAGGGCAAUGAAGUUAAUGCAAGAUUCCUCAGAAGAAUCCGAGGGAGUACUGUCAAAGAAAAAGCCACCUUUGCAUUCAAAGAAAAUGAUGUGGGAUCUGUCCCACUGAAUGAUGUGCUGAAGAAGCUUCCUAAACCUCAAAAGGUUGGAGGAACUGCAAGGAGGGAGCAACAACUCAUAUUUCCCUGCAACCCUGAUGGAUGGAAUGUCCAAUAGUCAUUUUCAUUGUGC